AUGUCAGCAAAGGCGGUAAGUGAACUGUCGGGCAAGGAACUGCUUUAUCGACACCUGGAAUGUUGCGGCUUGAUCGACGCACCGACUGCUGUACGUCUUUCGGCUGGAGACGACUUCGAUGCCAUUGUCAGGGAUUCCACAUGGUUGAAUGAAACACAGAAAGCUGUCAUCAAACCGGAUCAAUUAAUAAAGCGUCGUGGAAAACACGGAUUGGUGAAGUGUGGAACAGUGAACGAGAUAAAAAAGUGGUUCAUGGAGAAAUCUAACACGUUUGUGGGUAAAACGAAUGGUCGCCUUCACACUUUCAUCGUAGAGCCGUUUUGCGCACACAAUGAUGCGGAUGAGCUGUACAUCGCUAUCUACAGUCAGCGAUGCAAUGACGUCAUUAUGUUCUACGAGCACGGUGGAGUUGAUGUUGGAGACAUUGAUGAGAAGGCGCGAACUAUUAGAGUCGACGUAUCACUAGAUGAGAAUGGAAUGAUGCCUACAGAAGAAGAACUAGGCCAGCUUAUUGGAAAUCUUGGUGACAAAACAGCGAUACUGAAAACAUUCAUAUUGGCCCUUUAUGCUGCUUACAAGUCAUUACACUUUACUUAUCUGGAAAUUAAUCCUCUAGUGUACAUUCUUGAUCUCGCUGCGAAACUUGAUGAAACAGCCAACUUUUUGUGUUGCGACAAGUGGAAGAUGCGAACUGGUUCGGAUGUCGAAUUUCCUGCUCCUUUUGGACGUGAACUUACAAAGGAGGAACAAUACAUUGCUGAUCUCGAUGCAAAAACUGGAGCUUCUCUGAAGUUAACAAUAUUGAACAGAAGAGGUCGCAUAUGGACGAUGGUUGCCGGCGGCGGAGCAUCAGUUGUGUUCACCGACACGGUUUGCGAUCUCGGUGGUGCAAGUGAACUCGCCAAUUAUGGGGAAUAUUCUGGUGAUCCAUCCGAGACGCAGACAUUCGAGUAUGCGAAGACUUUGCUAUCUGUUAUGACUGAAGGACCACCAAAUCCUCAAGGAAAAGUUCUAAUAAUUGGAGGAUCUAUCGCUAAUUUUACAAAUGUCGCUAAAACUUUCGGAGGCAUCGUACGGGCGUUCGAAGUAUUUGUCGAGCGCUUGCGUGAACAUAGAGUCACUAUAUUUGUUCGCCGUGGUGGCCCGAAUUAUCAGGAAGGUCUUCGGAGAAUCAAGGAUGCCGCACAAAAACUAGAGCUGCCGAUCCAUGUUUUUGGUCCGGAAACUCACAUGACUGCCAUCGUCGGCGCAGCACUUGGGGUUCGCGAUCUUCCAGCUGUACCUCAUGCGCCGCAGACAACGGGACAAUUUCUUCUGAGCCCGGAGAGAAAUUUCUUCUUAGCUUUCCGGAACUUUUUCGUUGCUGGAAUUUGUUACUCGUUACUUCAGGUAGAGAAGUUGUACGACAGUUUGUUUGAGAGCAAUACGAAGGCUAUUAUUUGGGGUCAACAGCAGAAAGCCAUUCAGGGUAUGCUGGAUUUCGAUUAUGUCUGCCACCGUCUCGAGCCAUCCGUUGUCGCGUCGACUUAUCCAUUCACAGGAGAUAACAAACAGAAAUACUAUUUUGGACAUCGUGAAAUCUUAAUUCCUGCCUAUAAGUCGAUGGCUAAGGCGUUCGCAACACAUCCAGAUGCGAGCGUUCUGAUCACGUUUGCUUCUCUGCGUUCUGUCUAUGAAACAGUACUCGAGGCCCUACAAUUCCCACAGAUUCGUGUCAUUGCUAUCAUCGCCGAGGGUGUUCCCGAAAAUCAGACUCGUAAAUUGAUAAAGGCUGCUGAUGACAAAGGUGUUACGCUUAUCGGCCCCGCUACCGUGGGUGGUAUAAAGCCAGGAUGCUUGAAGAUUGGUAACACUGGAGGCAUGAUGGAUAAUAUCUUAGCAUCAAAACUGUAUCGUCCUGGAAGUGUUGCGUAUGUUUCGCGUAGUGGAGGGAUGUCAAAUGAAUUGAACAACAUAAUUUCGGCGAACACUGACGGAGUAUUCGAGGGUAUUGCUAUUGGUGGCGAUCGUUAUCCUGGAUCCACAUACACGGAUCAUAUUUUGCGUUAUCAGAAGGACGACAGAGUGAAAAUGAUGGUUCUUCUCGGAGAAGUUGGUGGCGUCGAGGAGUAUAAAAUCGUUGAUGCUCUUCGAGAUGGCAGGAUUACAAAACCGUUGGUGGCUUGGUGCAUUGGAACAUGUGCCGACCACAUAGCUUCUGAGGUCAUUUGUUGCCGUCUAAAUUAUUGGUUUUGGGUGCAAUUCGGACAUGCAGGAGCGUCUGCGAAUGCUCUCGGCGAAACCGCAGCCGCAAAGAAUACUGCCCUUAGAGAAGCUGGCGCACGGGUACCACACUCAUUUGAUGACCUAGGAAGGACGGUGAGGGAGACGUUCUCUGAUCUAGUCGAGAAAGGCAUUGUGCAGCUACGAGCAGAGGUUCCUCCACCGGCCGUGCCAAUGGACUAUGCAUGGGCAAGGGAACUUGGCCUGAUUCGCAAGCCAGCAUCGUUCAUGACGUCGAUUUGUGACGAACGAGGUGAAGAACUUAAUUACGCUGGAGUUCCUAUCACGAAGGUACUCGAGCAAGAUAUUGGUGUGGGCGGUGUGCUUGGACUGUUAUGGUUUCAAAAACGCCUUCCUGCUUAUGCAAACAAAUUCAUUGAGAUUUGCUUGAUGUUGACAGCAGAUCAUGGACCAGCUGUGUCCGGCGCUCAUAAUACGAUCGUCUGCGCGAGGGCUGGUAAAGAUCUGAUAUCGUCGUUAGUCUCAGGAUUGCUUACAAUUGGUGACCGUUUCGGAGGUGCUUUGGAUGGUGCUGCUCGUCAGUUUUCUGAAGCAGUUGAUAAAGGGUGGAGCCCAAUGCAGUUUGUGAACGAAAUGCGUAAACAGGGAAUGCAUAUUAUGGGAAUCGGACAUCGUGUCAAAUCGAUAAAUAAUCCUGACAAACGAGUGGAAAUCCUUAAAAAAUUCACAAUGGAUCGAAACCAGUUCAAACAGGAAACUCCAUUGCUUGAGUAUGCCCUUCAGGUGGAGAAGAUUACCACGGCGAAAAAGCCGAAUCUUAUACUGAACGUUGACGGAGCAAUUGGAGUGAUUUUUGUUGAUAUUCUACGUCAUUCUGGAAUGUUCACACCGUCUGAGGCACAAGAGACGAUAGAAAUUGGCGCCCUUAACGGAUUGUUCGUUCUCGGACGUAGUCUUGGGUUUAUCGGCCACUAUCUGGACCAACGUCGUUUGAAACAGGGAUUGUAUCGUCACCCAUGGGACGAUAUAUCUUAUAUCAUGCCCGAGCGAGAUUUGGUGAGCGAAUGUUGCUAUUUUUAUGGACGUUACUUGAACUGA